AUGGCAGAUACUUCCAAGACGGCCUUACCCUUGGUCGAUUUCGCCAGGUUGCGCAGCGCCGAGACAAGAGAUGAAGAGCUGGCAAAACUGCGACAUGCCCUUUUCACAAUAGGGUUUCUCUACCUGGUUAACUCUGGAUUGGAGGAAACUGCAGCUGAGUUGCACGGCUCGCUCCCAGGUCUGUUCGCCCUGCCAGCCGAGAAGAAGCAAGCAGUCGCAAUGUUGAACUCGCCUUCAUUUCUCGGGUACACCCAGCUCGGAGCCGAGAUGACCGCUGGCGGGACUGACAUGAGAGAGGCAAGAAAGCCAAUCCCGCAGCGUAUCAAGAUUCAAUUCGACAUUGGCACUGCCACAGAAGAUGCCUGGAAAGAGGGCGCGCCGACCUGGACCAAGAUGGAAGGAACUAGCCAGUACCCGGACUACCCGGGCUUCAAGCCACUGGUUGGGGAAUACCUCCGACGAAUGACGGACCUCAGCACCGAGUUCCUCGAGGCCGUCGCCGAGUCACUAUCGCUACUGCGGGGCACCUUCGAUCCCUUCCUGGGGAGAAUGCACCGCCUAAAGCUGAUCCGCUACCCGCCCGCCGCAGCCGGCUCCGUCGGCGUGGGUCCGCACAAGGACUCGACCGGCCUGUUCACGUUCCUCUCGCAGGACUCGGUCGGGGGUUUGCAAGUCCUGAGCAAGAGUGGGGAGUGGAUUGACGCUCCUCCCAUCGAGGGCAGCCUGGUGGUCAAUGUGCAGCAGGGAUUCGAGGCCGUCACCGGGGGGGUCUGCCCUGCCACCACCCACAGGGUUAUUUCUCCAACCUCGGUGACGCGGUACAGCAUUCCCUUCUUCCAGGGCGUCAACUACGAGCUUACGCUGGACACUCUGAAGGUCUCAGCAGCGCACAUUGUGUCCAAGAUCCCCGUGUCCGACGAUGCGAAGAAGAGGGCGGUCGAUGUGCCGAGCGAGUUUCUUUCACCUCUGUAUUCGAGUCUUGGAGAGGCUCGGUUGAGGAAUCGGAUCCUAAGUCACCCGGAUGUAGGGCAAAAAUGGUACCCGGAUCUGUACGAGAAGUAUCGUCAGCAAACACUCGUAUGA